AUGAUUAUUGGGGAGGAGGUAGAAGAUGAGGAGGACGAGGAGGAUGAAGAAGAUGAGGAUGAAGAAGAGGAGGGAGAGGAAGAAGAUGAGGAAGACAAGGCAGCAGACACCUUGUACAAGGACUUCGACAGUGAUACUGAGCUGCCAGGGAUUACUCUCCCUGGAAUCACAUCCCAGGGACCUGAUACUGAGCCAGGCAGCAUGGCCCUACUAGAGGUAGCAACCUACCAGGUGCCAGAAACCAUGGAGUGGGAACAGCAGAAUCAAGGUCUUGUGAGAAGUUGGAUGGAAAAGCUGAAAGACAAGGCUGGCUACAUGUCUGGAAUGCUGGUGCCUGUCGGGGUAGGGAUAGCUGGAGCCUUGUUCAUCUUGGGAGCACUCUACAGCAUUAAGGUUAUGAAUCGCCGAAGAAGAAAUGGCUUCAAAAGGCAUAAAAGGAAGCAGAGAGAAUUCAACAGCAUGCAAGACAGAGUGAUGCUGCUAGCAGACAGCUCUGAAGAUGAAUUCUAAAAUGGACUUGGAUUUAAUGCAAUGAGAUUAUUGCUUUAUUUUUUAUUUGGGGGCAAAAAGAAGAAAGAAAAUAAAUAAAUAAAAAACAACACUAUCUCACCACCUUGCUGCUACUGGGCCAUUGGUCCAGCCCUUUUCUCUGCUGGAGAGUAGAUUUUUCUUGUGCUGAGCAGAAAAGACACCUGUAAAAUCAGCGCAGCAUGCAUUGUUGGGUCAUUUUGUAGUGUUUGCCAUCACCAAGGGCUGAGAUUUAGAAACACAGGGUACACAUGCUCAGUCAUUGUAGCUGGGUUAGACAGAGUAAGUAUCUUGUAUUUUCCAUCACGCUUUCCUUGGUUUGGGUUACUGGACUUAUAUGAAUGCUAUAGCCAUGAAAGUAUCCUUGAUUUUGAUAAGCAAUGUCUAAUGAAGAUUAGUAACUCCUCAAAUAGUUUCUGGCUUGUGGAUAUCAGAGUACCCUAUGUCCGCAUCAAGGACUAAUUACCACUUGGAAUGAAAUGUUUUUCCCGAGAUAUCAAAGUCAAUUAGAAUUAUAUGAAGGUUUGCUUAUAUCUCGCAUUAAAACUUCCAGCCCCUUAGUUUUUAUUUUUUGUCUGUGCUGUAUUUGUCUCAGUGUUAAUAAGAAAAAGUGCACUAGAAAUUGUACACUAAAUCAGCCCUUGGCCUUAAUUUAUGCUUGCUUUCUUAAAUAGUGCUAGUCCAAUGUGUAUGAUGAAAGAUCCUUAUUUUCUUAUCAUUACAAAAUGUUCUAUUGGUAUAUUACUGAAUUAGCCAAGAAGAAAAAAGGAUGACAUCAAGAUGAGGGUAUGUGGGCUCCCAGGGUGCUUGUCCCUGCCAUUUGGUUCUGUAUCUAUGUGGCCAUUACUGUGGAUAAGUUAGAGCAUCUCUUUUCCAUGUCUAUGAUUUUGCUGUGGAAGUAGUCUUUUUGGCUUUAUUAGAAAAGACAGGUAUUCUUUGGUAGAAGGUGGCCCAGGGGCCAGAGUCCUCAUGUACAAAUGAGCUCUAGCCAUCCCUCAUGUGGGAUGAUGGACUGUUAGAGCCUUUUUCAUUUUCCUUGGAAUGUAAUUCCUUCUUCUAUACCAAAUAACACAUUCAAACACUCUGUUUGAAUCUGGUUAUUUGGGGAUUGUAGUUCAUUGUAUUAAGCAGUAUGGCUUGGAUCAGUUCCAAGGAUAGACAAAGCUUACCAAUAAUGCUGUUACCAUGGGGAAUUUUUUCAUAGACAUUAGAGCCUAUUCUAGUCUGACAGGGUCUGUUUAUUCACUCCUCAUAGCUUCUGGGUAAAGAAGAACAUGUAUUUUUUUCCUUUCUACUGAAGAUGGAACAUAAGUAGAGGGGAGAAAUAAUUAUCUUCAGUUACAUCUGUGGACUCAGCAUGAGGACCACCUUAGACCCAAACUAUGUACUGUAUCUUCAGAUCUGUGUCCUGUCCUCAUGCUUUGAAAGGUGUCAGGACAUUGGGAGGUCUUUCUUUAAAGCCAAGUCUACUUGGUCAAGGAACAUUUAUUAUCAAUUUCUUUGUUUGUUAAAUGAAUGGAUUUUUCACACAAAUUCUUCCCUUCUACACAUAAUUAAUUAUCAUCUCUAGGGAACUAAUAGGGAAAAUUUCAUGAAACGCAUUUUCGAAUGAUGGCUAGCUCACGCACACAGAAUGUUUUAAUCAACUAAGUUUAACUCUUUUGAUCAAGAAAGCAACUGUGUAAAGCUGAUAGAGAGAAAUGAAAAAUUCCAUGGAGACAAAUAAAGGCUAGCAGUUUCUAAA